UCAAUCUGACGCAGUGCAUCCCGACGCUCAGCAUCCUUCAGCGCGCAGCAUCCGACAACGGCCUGUACCGGAGCAGAGACGAGGACACCGCGUUCCGUAGAGAUGUAGCAAUGAAUUAUCUACAUUAUAUCAGCUAAACGAAGGAGCGUCGACAUUUAUUGUUUAUUCCACGCCUGUUAUUCGGAUCGCAUCGCGCCCAACCCUCAAAAUGGCUGAGAUCACUGAAAUACGCGCGGCGUACGAUAUGUCCCCAGUGCUGGCGGGGUUUAUCGGUGCCGGUGUGUUGGUCGUUGCAGUCUUCGCAUUAAUCUUUGUGUGGACUUGCUGUCAGAAACAUUACAACAGGACAAACUACAAGCUUCACGGGAUCCAAUCGGAACAAAGCGAUCCUCUCACAGACCCACCGUACAGGUUUAUUCACAUGCUGAAAGGAAUGAGCAUCUACCCCGACACGCUUACCAGCAGCAAGAGGAUCAUACGAGUGGCACGCCAGGCCAGAUCCCAGACAACCGACGGGGCUCAAAGAAACAAGGGGCGCCCAGUGGUGCUGGUAGAUAUGGAUUCGGCAGCAGAAAGCGGCUUGCUGGGAGAGGAACAAAUGCAGAUGAGAAUUGGGGAAAGUGGUCAUGAGGUUCCCAAACUGGAGAGGGAACUUCCUGUGCAUGCGGAUUACUGCUGUCUGGACAGCAGCUCUGCAAGCAGCAGUCAGACCUCCAGUACAACGGUUUCCAGCACAGCUACGCCCUUCACCCCUGCAGAUGAGCCGAGCCGAGGAGAUCUCAGCAUUGCAAUCGAUUACAACUUCCCCAAGAAGGCCUUGGUGGUCACCAUCCUGGAAGCUCGGGGGCUACCGGCAGUGGAAGGUCAGGUGGGCAGCGCCGACCCCUAUGUGAAGAUGACCAUUCUCCCAGAGAAGAAACAUCGCGUUAAGACUCGGGUCCUGAGGAAGACUCUGGAACCGGCGUUUGAUGAGACCUUCACAUUUUAUGGCGUGCCGUACAGCUCCCUGUCGGAUCUCACUCUGCACUUCCUGGUGCUGAGCUUUGACCGAUUCUCACGAGAUGAUGUGAUAGGGGAGGCGAUGGUACCGCUGGCAGGCGUGGACCCUAGUACAGGCCGGGUCCAUAUUACGCAACAGAUCACAAAGAGAAGUAUGCAGUGUGUGAGCCGUGGAGAGCUGCUGGUCUCUCUGUCCUAUCAGCCUGUUUCUCACAGACUGAGUGUUGUGGUGUUAAAAGCGAAACACCUUCCAAAAUUAGACAUCACCGGCCUAUCUGGAAAUCCGUACGUGAAGUUGAAUGUGUUCUAUGGCCACAAGCGCAUUGCCAAGAAGAAAACGCACGUGAAGAAAUGCACGCUUAAUCCAGUCUUUAACGAAUCCUUCAUCUAUGACGUGCCAGCUGAGUUGCUUCCAGACAUCUCUAUCGAGUUCCUGGUCAUGGACUUUGACCGCACUACUAAAAACCAGGCCUUGGGACGCCUGGUACUCGGCGCAAACAGCCCCUGCCCAUCGGGAGCUGCCCACUGGCAAGAGGUCUGCCAAAACCCACGGCGCCAAAUCUCAAAGUGGCACACGCUCAACGAAUAUUAGAGAUUCACCACGCUCUCUCUCCGCACACACGCUCAAACACAGGCACACAGGAAACUAAUAACGAGAGAGAGAGAUCUGGGAAAAGAUGCCUUUGUUACCAUGGAAGGUAACUGAUCUUCAGGAGGACUUGUACAAAAAAUAAAUAAAAAGACUUAAGGCAACUUUUGCAUCAUUGCUGAUGCAAUGAUGGGCCUCGGAAAUGAAUCUUUUUAAAAACACAAAAUCACACUUUCUCACGCAGUUGCUCACAUAUACUAAACACGCACACACAUAUGAACACAAACAUACAUGAUAAAUAAUAAACGAGACCAAAACAACAAAAAACAGACUGUUAGGAACUUAUGAGGUUUGGGAUUCUGUAACUGUCCUAAUAAAACUUAACGCAUGUCUUAACGCUCCAUAUUUCACUCCAGUACAGGACAUUGUGUGGAUUUGUGAUGCUGGCGCACAUUAAACAGGCUCUCUCUUUUUUUUGACGCAUCCGAUUUCUGAAAUUCCACAUUUUUUGACGUUUGUGGAAGGAGUUUUGAAAGAACUUGUGACGCACGUCCUUUGAUACGUACUGAUUCUCCACUGUACGAGAAAUACACUCAAGUGACGCAGAGGUUGUAUGAUCAACGCUGAAGUAUGGUUUGUUCUGUUCUGUUUUGGAGAUUCCUGCUGUGUCACAUUCUCCACAGCUACACGUUGAGUCAUGUGAUUGUACAACAAUAGCCCUAUUGGCAGCACUCUGGGCCAGAUUUAUUGCUUGUGCAAUGAUUUCAUCACGCACUUUGAAUAAAUCUGGUCCUGAACUACUUAUUCUGCACUGCUAUGCUACAAACUCACUCUGAAUGUCACUGUCUGUAUGAAUGUCAUACAUCAGUGCUUCAUUUCACCAUAAAACAGUGGUUCACUGUUUUGUAGAUUGUACUAGCCAAUGUCAUCAAAUGGCCUUUUUGAGGUGGAUUGGAUUCACUUUCAUUUUAAAUCCUGUGUGAUAUAGAGAUAGACAAAGAGGUGUUUUCGUAGUUUGGAGCUGGAAAGCUCUGGUAUAUUUCGGGGUCGUUCUGAGCCCUUUGGUGUGAUGUUUGAGCAAUGGAAAGAUAUGUAGCGUUUUAUCAUUUGUAGUUCAUAAAGUCAAGGAGGGAAGAUGUUCAUGUAAUUCUAUCAUAUAACAACAGUCUGUUCUUCUAGCAUACCUCAUCACUUCAGUUUCACUUUUUUUUGUCUUAUACCACUGUCACAUCUCUCUUUUAUGAUGAGAACAAAUGUCAUGCUAAUCGAUUUGUACUGUGCUUUCCCUCAAGAUCUAGAUGGUAUGCCAGUGUGCCUGCCAAUUGCCUGGGCCUUUAUUUAUGAUUGGUGCUCCUCUCUGUUCAUUUACCAAGUCUGAGGUCUGAAUUUGGCAUAGAGUGUACUGUAUUUCAUAUGGAGUAAGAAUUGAGAUUUGGAACCAAUACUGGAAACAAAUGACAUUUGGCAUGCAUUUUUUAGCUAAUGCUAUAUUAAAAACUUUGGAGUUUCCUGUUUUGUAAAUUUUCUGCACAGUUAAUUCAGCAGUGCCAUAACACCGCUACUGAAUUUACAGCAUGAAACAGAUAGUGAGCCCUGUGUAGACAAAUUACAGAAUAAAUGGCUCAUGAUUCAAUCCCUUAAUUGAAUCAAAACCAUACAGUGUGACCAGUGCAGUACGAAUCCUGAAUGAGUCAAUUCUUUUUAAUGAAUCAAAAACAUACAGUGCAGUUUAGAAAAAAAGGACUCUAUAAGACAGUUUUUUUUUUUACUGAAUCAAGAUCAUUUAGCACAGUUACUAUUAGUAUACUACAGUUACAGUUAGUAUACUAGGAUUCCUGAACAAAUGAUUCUAAUAAAUCAGGUUUUUUUAAUAUAUAAAACACACAAUACAAGUACAGUACGCUCUUACAAAUAAAGGUUCCUUAGUGGCAUUGAUGGUUCCAUUUAGACCCUUUAACAUCCAUGGAACCUUCCAUGUGGAAGUGGAAAAAAAUUGGAAAAAGCUUCUGAAAAAUACAAGAAUACUAAAAUGUUCACUUCAAGGUUCUUUGGGGAACUAAAAAUGGUUCUUAUUGCACUGCUGCAAAAAAACCCUAUUUAAGUGUAACUAAUCAGCAUAUUGACUGACUGGUUGUUAAUAUGACAACAUGUAGUUACUGGUUUUGUAGUUUAAAGAUACAUAUUAUGUGUUUUCUUAUUAGUAUUUUAUAAAUAUAAAUAAAAUAAAUUGUUUGUUUACCCUGUUGAAAAAUCCAGCAUAUGCUGGUUAGGUAUGUUUUGAAGAAUGGCUGCUGGUUUAAGCUGGUCUUUAGCUGGUCCUAAGCUGGUCCUGAGCAGGAGCUAGUUGCUUAGGAUCAGCACAUGACCAGCUAAAAACAAGCUUAAACCAGCUCAUGACCAGCUAAGAACCAGCUUAAACCAGCAGCCAUGCUUCAAAACAUACCUAACCAGCAUAUGUUGGAUUUUUCAACAGGGUAGUACUUUUGUUAAAUAUAUUUAAGGACAAUUGGCAUUGCGUUUAUGCCGCCUCUGAAAAGACUAUUAUGAUUUUUAAAUUUAGACUAUUUUAAAUUUACUUACGGAAACAGAACCAAAACCAAAAACUUAUUCUCGAUUUCCAUUCUAAGCAGGAAAUAUGCUCAAGAUUCAGGAGACCCAGCAGAGCAGGGACAAUAACAGAUCUGGGAAGCUCAAAACACACCGUGUCACUUCUUAUACAUACAUGCAAACAUUCUCGAUUAAUUCCCUACAAAUUAUCCACUAGUGGUCAGCUGGUUUGUCUGUCAUAGAGAUGUUAGAUUCAAAACUGUAAUUCUGGAUGGAAAAAUGCUUCUUUCCAUUCAAGCUUCUUUCAUGGUCAAGCCACACUCCCUGUAUAAAAGCGCACACUAUCCACUCAGUCGUGUCUUUCGUAUAAAAGAUACUUUUUUGUGUCGGAUCACUGGUAUGACAAAAUGGAAAGAUACUAAAAGAUUCAAUCCAUAUGAUAAAAAACACACACAGGAGAAAAAAAAAUACACAAUAGAUAAAAAAGUAUUUUAAAAAGUCAUCACUUUGGUGUUCAAAAAAUGAAUUGGCAGGAAACUGUGCAAAAUGUUGUAUUAGUGCAAACUAAAAAAAAAUAUCUUGUGAAUAUUUGACAUAUACUGUACUGCAAAAUGCUGUGAGAUCUCUGCUAAUGUUACACACCCACCUGUAUGUUAGUGUUCUUAACACCCACUGAAUGUGCAAAAUAAACGUGAUACACAAUUCA